UGUAAAGCGCCUUUCUCGCUGAUCGUCAGUGUCGCGAGAUUCCAACCUUCAUACCCAGAUGGACGUGGCUAGUAUAGAAGACUCUUGGCCAUCUCCCGCGACCCGAACUCGACGUUUCUAAUUACGUUUCCAACUGUACCUCGAACCUAGUGCGCUCGACAACUCUACGCUGAUAUUGGAGGCGUCGAAUUGCCUGCCAAUCAUAAAGAGAUGGAUCAGACUCAACCCACUGAAAUGCGGAUGCCAUGACCGACGGAUUCGACAUCAUGACGAUGUGGUACUGCAGACCAGCAGCUCUGGAGCUGAAGAUGGCUUAUUGACAAGACCUCCAAGACAAUUCUGGAUCUCGACUCCUCUUUCUGAGCCGCAUGGCGAACGCAUAAAUAAAGAGAGAAUCUCGCGUUAUGGAUUUGAGCACGCAGAGAAGUGCCAUCAUAUCAGACUUCAAUCCUCACCGAACUUCGAUUCAAGAUGCCUAGACUCAGUGUGUUCGCUCUACUCCUUCUCGCUUGCUCUAGUAUCGCAUUCCCCGAUUCAGAGGCCAAACGAACUACCGCUUGCACAACAUGGUGCGGAGCUAAUACCCCACUUUACGGGUUGGAUUGCAUUCUCCAGUCUCUCAAGGGAAAGGGGCCUUGCUAUGAAUGCGGCCCUGCGGCUCCAGCUUCGAAUAAGAAAGUGCCGUGUGGUGGCGUCUGCAAAGAGUGUACAGGAGGAAAGACGUGCCAAAGCAAGGAGUGCAAAUGCCCUGCUGACAAGUCUACUGACUGCUAUGGAACAUGCAAGGCCCUUGGUACCGACACGGACUGCUCAAAAUGCGGAGAUGCAUGCAAAUACGGGGAAACGUGCAGCAAGGACAAGAAGUGCGUUCCGAAGUGCAAGCCUGGAGAAGAGCUUUGCAAUGGGGAAUGCAAGGACAAAAACUGGGGUACCGACAAAGACUGCUCAAAAUGCGGAGAUACAUGCAAAUACGGGGAAAAAUGCAGCAAGGACAAGAAGUGCGUUCCGAAGUGCAAGCAUGGAGAAGAGCUUUGCAAAGGUGUGUGCAAGAAGAACACUUGGGGUACAGACGAAGACUGCUCCAAAUGCGACGACAAGUGCCCAGAGGGAAAGACAUGCAAGAACAAGCAGUGCGUACCGAAAUGCAAGCCUGGGGAAGAGCUUUGCAAAGAUGUGUGCAAGAAGAAUACUUGGGGUACGAACGAAGACUGCUCAAAAUGCGGAGAUACCUGCAAGGACGGAAAGACUUGCCAGCACAAGCAAUGCAAAUGCCCUAAGGGAGAAAAGAACGGAGUCUGCAACAAAUAACGAAAAGGCCAGUUGUACAGCACAACCGUGUGACCCGAAAGAGAAGGUUGUUUCUUUUGUCAUUCCCUUCCUGGCAUACCACAAAAGAUCCAAAAACAUGUAACGACCGCCAAGUUGUCUUCCUUUUUCUUCUAGCAGAGCGCAAAGUCAGCAACAGGCAACAUCAUCCAUGUACUUUUCAGAUCUCUCUAAAGAAACCUAAUACAAACCGUCUCUCCUUAA